AUGACAGACACAAAUGCAGAGGUCCUCCACCUCAGGGCGGCCCAGCUGCGUGAGGGCCUGGCAUGGAGUCAGAGCUUGGCCAAGGACUUCAACGGCGCGCUGGAUGCUUACUCAGCGCGGCUGACUGACCUCCAGCUGGCGGUGGCAUCCGUUGCGCAGCGUUCCCAGGCAUGCUCUUCCCAAGCUCUGCGCACGGCGCAGAAGAACAUCAAGCUUGCCAGGGAUGAGGUGGAGGAGAUGCUGGGCCACCUGGACACUGCGCGCCAGGUAGAAGCCACGAUUCUGGCGGGGCCCAGGAGCAAUCUGGCGGCGUUUCUGAAGGCUCUCGGCCGCCUGGAGGCCUCCAACCAGUUCCUUGAAAAACACAGGCAGGUGCCGACCGCUGACUCAGCGCUGCAAAGCGCAUCGGCACUGCUGCGCGAUGCGAUGCGACUCGCAUUGGAUGACUUCACGGCGACGCUAAAGCACCAUGCAGUUGUGCCUUCGGCAUCGGGGCACCUGUUUGGCGGCGCUCCCUCCAGAAUCGGCGGGGAAUCUGGGCUGCCCGCUGCCCAGCCCCUGCUGCCCAUGCUGGCCACUCCGCGCGUCGGGAGCAAGCUGGGCGAAGGCCAGGAGGAUGACUCAGUGGUAGUCAUCCCCGCAUUGGUGGCCGGGCACCUGCGCGCACUCGCAGAGGUGCGGAGGGGGCUUGUGGAGAAGGCCCUGGCAGGGCUGCUCAAUGCGGCGUCGGCCGGCGAGGAGGCGCGAGGGUCGCUCUUCAGCCGCAUCCAAGAGUGCCAGCUUCUGAAAGGGAGAACCCAGUAUAGACGGCCGUACAUUCCAAUAUUGAAAUACUGCCAUUGGUGCGCGCGCAGGUGGGUGGCUGCGCUGAAGCUGCUGGUGGGCAUUGUGAAAUCGGAGCGCGCGGCUGCACAAGCCGUCUGGCCGCCUGGCUCCUCCGAGACGGAGCAGGCGUUUGACGAGGUGGUCAGCCGCAGUGUCGUGGCCGCCACACAUGCUGGCGCCUUCAUUGUGGCAAGCAAGCGCACGCCCGAGAAGGUGUUUGGGCUGCUGGACAUGCAGGAGCAGGUGGAGGCAGCACUCGCCAGGCUGGCGCCCACGCUGGAGGGAACGCCUGCCGCCGGCUUCCUUGCCGACUUCACCCAACUCGCUGCCAUGCUCCGCCAGGAGGCGCGGGCGACACUCGAGGAAUUCGAGGCAAGCAUCGGGCGCGACACGGUCAAGCACCCGCCCGCUGAUGGCACCGUGCACCCGCUGGCCGCCUACACGCUCUCAUUUCUGAAAAGAUUAUUCGCAUACGAAGCCACCCUCGACACACUGUUCGGCAACGCAGCCAACGAGGCUGCUGCGCUGUCGGCCGCGCGCAGGGGAGAGGCGUUGGAGCGGCGGCGCAGUGAGGGCAUGGACGAGGGUGUGAUGACGGCGGUGCAGGGGGCUGUGGGGCACAUGCUGCGCGUGCUGCUGGACAAUCUAGAGACCAAGGCCCGCACCUACAAGAACAAGGCGCUUGCGGCGCUGUUUCUGAUGAACAACGUGCACUACAUCGUCAAGGCAGUGGAGAGCAGCGAGGCGCUGUCCUGCGUGGGCCAGGACUGGAUCGAGCGCCACAAGGACCUCAUCGAGACCUACGGCGAAGAGUACCAGGAAUCGUCCUGGGGACCGCUUAUGGCUCUGGUGGGAGACGGCGUGAACGGAGAGGGCCGCGCGUGGGCCAAGGAGAAGGCGGGAAUCAAGGAGCGCUGGAGGGAGAUCAACACUGCCCUCACAGAGCUGAGGGAUGCCCAGUGCACCUGGACCAUACCUGACCCUGCGCUCAAAGCCAACAUGAAGGACGCGGUCGCUGAAGACUUCCUCCCAUUGUACAAGAUGUUUAUGGAGAAGUACAACCCAGAGGCGACGCCGUUCACGAAAAACCCGGAGAAGUACAUCCGCUGGAGCGUCGCCGAAGUGCAGCGGCUGAUUGCAGAAGACCUGUUUGAGGCCCGGGAGCGUGACGCAGUCAUUGCAGCGUCGGCCACCAAGGGCGCUGCUUUGGGCACCCGUUCAUCUGGCAUCCCAGUCGCAUCAUAGGGGCGCUGUCCUGCAUACAGCUGCGCAUGCAUAUGCUUGCUAGUUCUGUGACCUCAGAGGAGCAUUAUCUCAGGUAUUUUUAUUGCUGGGAUGGUCUCGUAUGUGCAAUAAUCACCAAUGCCACUUUGCAUGCUUGACAGAACAAAUACUGAACUUGUCACUCAGCCGCAAGGUUUGGUCUGGACUUGUAAGUAAUUACAG